CUCUCCCAUUCUCAAUUUGCGGACACGUUUCGUCUCUCUCUCUCUCUCUCUCACAUAAUCGGAUCUGACCCGACCCGGUAAAAGCGAUAGCGGAAAACCGUCGUGAACGGAUCAAAUCGGAAUCCGUCUUUUUCUCCUUCCGACGAACUCACAUUUUAUCGCUUCCACCGUCUCCGAUUUCGAAUUUGGAUCGUGUACACCCCCCUCUUCGAAUCGUUUCCAUUUUCGAAUCUGGAUUGUGUUUGUGGUUCCGGAAUUUGGAAAUUUUAAGAUGAGGGUAAUGGAGGAUGCAGUGUUCAAGGCGAGGGACGCCGACGAGGCGGUGGAGAUUGGAGGACCGGAUGCGGAGGAGGAUGUGAAGAAGGUAUCUCCUCCGUGUUUGCUAGGGAUCGAUGAGUUUUCUCAGAAGCAGAGGAGAUUCGUCGUUGUCGGUUAUGCUCUUACGUCGAAGAAGAUUAAGAGCUUUUUGCAGCCAAAACUCGAACGUUUAGCUAGGAACAAGGGGAUAUUAUUUGUCGCAAUAGAUCAAAAUAGGCCUCUUUCAGAGCAGGGUCCUUUCGACAUCGUGUUGCAUAAGCUAACUGGGAAGGAGUGGCGUCAGAUUCUUGAGGUUAGCCAUGAAUAUAGGCUAACACAUCCAGAUGUAACUGUUCUCGACCCUCCAGAUGCUAUACUACAUCUCCGCAAUCGUCAGUCUAUGCUUCAGUGUGUAGCUGACAUGAACUUGUCCGACAGUUUUGGAAGAGUUGGUGUGCCCAGACAGUUGGUUAUAAAAAAGGACGCAUCAUCAAUUCCUGAUGCUGUCAGUAAUGCCGGCUUAAGACUACCACUUGUUGUGAAACCGUUGGUUGCUGAUGGAAGUGCAAAGUCACAUGAACUUUCUCUGGCAUAUGAUCAGCACUCCCUUAGGAAGCUCGAGCCCCCACUCGUUCUUCAGGAAUUUGUUAACCAUGGAGGCGUUCUUUUCAAGGUUUACAUAGUUGGGGAGGCUAUAAAAGUGGUAAGGCGUUUCUCUUUGCCGGAUGUUUCAAGACGAGAACUUUCUAAAAGCGCAGGCGUAUUCCGAUUCCCACGAGUCUCCUGUGCUGCAGCUUCGGCUGAUGAAGCAGAUCUCGACCCUAGUGUCGCGGAGCUUCCUCCGCGUCCUCUUCUGGAGAGACUUGCAAAGGAACUCCGUCGUGGAUUGGGACUGAGGUUGUUCAAUUUAGACAUGAUCAGAGAGCACGGGACAAGGGAUCGGUUCUACGUUAUCGACAUCAACUACUUUCCAGGGUACGGGAAGAUGCCAGAGUACGAGCACAUAUUCACUGAUUUUCUGCUGGGCCUUGUAGAAAGCCAGUGUAAGGAAAGAGCCUUAGCUGAUGAUGAUGAGGAUGAGGAUGACUACUAAGCGUUCUGACCCCCCAACCCCCAGAAAGAAAAAAGGCCUCAUUUGAAUGUUUCAUAUGCAGAAGCAACCCCAUUGUUAACUCUUCUUGAGGGUUAGGAAGAAGAAAGAACACUGUACAGUUCCCAAAAAAAAAAAAAAAAGAGAGUGUUUGAUCCUUG